AACCGCCAUUUUGAAAAUCUUGUUGAUUCGGGGGAGCCGAGAGCGCGGCGCGAGCGUCACGCCAGAGAGCGGCCCGCGCGCCUCCUCCUCGGCGCUCGCCGCCGCCUCCCGGAGCCUCUUCGUGCCUUCGCGCGCCAGGCCCGCGGCGGCCGGCACCGGCGGUCGACAGCAUGUCCUCCUCGGGCCCAGCUGCAGAGGGAGAGGGAACCCCCGCCCAGCCCGCGUCCGAGAAAGAGCCCGAAAUGCCCGGCCCGAGAGAGGAAAGUGAAGAGGAGGACGAGGACGACGAGGAGGAGGAAGAGGAGGAGGAGGAAGAAAAAGGUGGGAGAAAGUCGCGUCUCUGGUGAUGGAUUUCACAGAAAACCGUUUUCUUGCCUCCUUUUUUGCGCCUGGAGACGCCGAAUCGGAGGGAUCUCUGGCGAGAAUGUUGGCGAGAUUUAUCCCUUUUUGGUGUUGAGCAGUGGCAGAGAAUUGGUGAAUUCCGGUUGGUAGAAAAUAGCUGUUAGCGUUGUUAUUUACGCAUUUGGGAGUUGCGGUUGACUUGUGGCCGGCAAUCUGCGUUCGUAACGUUUUCGUCAUUUGACAGGACGUUUCUAAGUUUCAGAUCUGUUUUUAAGACUUGUUUGUUGGCUUUUGAAGUCGCUAGGGUUGCUGUUUUUAAUUUCAUCUUCUGCUAAUUUAAGUACAGGUGUUUUGCCUUUUGAAGUUCUUGCGAGGUCUUUCCUGAAACCACACAUGCAGACGUGAAGACGUUAUUCAUGCUAGUCCUGGAGAUAUUUUGACAACUUUUCAUGCAUCUGCUGAACUUCAGCAGAGGCCCUUUGCAGAGGCUUGGGGGAGUUCACUCUCACGGGGAAACACCAGUGAAAGCUGUUGCUGCUCGAGAAAGUAGUUAAAUACGAAAGCGGUGAACUGUGAAAGAGCUCCGAAACUGGUCUCAGUUUUGGAGUUGCAGGAGUGCACUAUUAACCAUUAUUUGCCUGGAGGCCUGAAGCAGGAGGACCUUACCGGAUGCGGGACUGAUAGAGCAUCACUUUCUCCAACAUGCACGGGGCACUACCACUUCCGGAAAAGAGUCUGAUCGUGGAAGGCAAGAGGGAAAAGAAAAAAGUGGAGAGAUUGACCAUGCAAGUCUCUUCCUUACAGAGAGAGCCAUUUACAAUUGCACAAGGAAAAGGACAGAAACUUUGUGAAAUUGAAAGGAUACAUUUCUUCCUGAGUAAAAAGAAAACGGAUGAACUUAGAAAUCUACAUAAACUACUUUACAACAGACCUGGCACAGUGUCCUCAUUAAAGAAGAAUGUGGGUCAGUUCAGUGGCUUUCCAUUUGAAAAAGGAAGUGUUCAAUAUAAAAAGAAGGAAGAAAUGUUGAAAAAGUUUAGAAAUGCCAUGUUAAAGAGCAUCUGCGAGGUUCUUGAUUUGGAGAGAUCAGGUGUAAAUAGCGAACUGGUGAAGAGGAUCUUGAAUUUCUUAAUGCAUCCAAAGCCUUCUGGCAAACCAUUGCCAAAAUCUAAGAAAACUUCUAGCAAAGGCAACAAAAAGGAACGGAACAGUUCUGGAAUGGCAAGGAAAGCUAAGCGAACCAAAUGUCCUGAAAUUCUGUCAGAUGAAUCCAGCAGCGAUGAAGAUGAAAAGAAAAACAAGGAAGAGUCUUCAGAUGAAGAAGAUAAAGAAAGCGAAGAAGAGCCACCAAAAAAGACCUCUAAAAGAGAAAAACCUAAACAGAAAGCCACUUCCAAAAGUAAGAAAACUGUAAAAAGCGCUAAUGUUAAGAAGGCAGAUAGCAGCACCACCAAGAAGAAUCAAAACAGUUCCAAAAAAGAAAGUGAAUCUGAGGACAGUUCAGAUGAUGAACCUUUAAUUAAAAAAUUGAAGAAACCUCCUACAGAUGAAGAGUUAAAGGAAACAGUGAAGAAAUUACUGGCCAGUGCCAACUUGGAGGAAGUCACAAUGAAGCAGAUUUGCAAGGAGGUAUAUGAAAAUUAUCCUGCUUAUGAUUUAACUGAAAGAAAAGAUUUCAUAAAAACAACUGUUAAAGAGCUGAUUUCUUGAGGCAGAGGAGAUAACUUGUCCCGUGGACGUCAGGAUCUGAUUUAUACCGUUAUACCAGCAAAGAGAAUGUAUUUCCUUUUCUACCCCUUGCAAGCGUUGUGUUAGUAGAACCUGUCGCUGAUCUUUUUAAGUAAAUUUGAGUUUGUUGUUUUAAAUUGCAUUUCUAUGCAGUUUUUAGUUUAAAAUUUUGCAUGGCAGUAAUUGUUCCUUGCUUUUAUAGCUGUAUUUUGUACAUUUUGGAUUUCUUUAUAUGAGAUCGUAGUUUUAGCGUGCUUAGUAUUCGCUUGUUUCAGACAUACUUUUAACGAAGUAGAAGAAACUAUUAUUGACAUUUAUACAUGCAGAGACUAUGGCAGUAUUUAGUAGAUGAAAUAUUUUGAAUACACAUCUGACAGUGGCAGUGUGUUCAUCAUAUUAAAAAUACACAGGCUUCAGCUAUCCAGAUGAUUAAAUUGGAAAAUUUCUGCUGCAUGUGUAUAUAUGUCAAAUCGUCAGCAUGACAAAAGUGACAGAUGUUAUUUUUGUAUUUUUAAAAACAACUUUGUUGUAUAUAAAGUUUUUUUAUUUCUUUUGUGCAGAUCAAUUUUUAAACUCCUAUAGGUAGGUAUCUUUACAGUUAUAAACUAUGAAAUGUCAGUGUUCGGCCAGAUGGUAUGUGACGGAGCAGCGAAAUCAGAAUUCAGUGGAGAAAACACUGAAGGAACAGGUCGUUCUCUGCUUUGCCUCAGAAGUGUCAAUUCGUAGUUUUAGUGUUAACUCUGCAAGUGUCUGUAGAUAACAUUUUAUGUUAAGGGUAGACCAAAUCAACACAUCAGAACUUCAAAAUUGGGGGAAGGGGAUUAAGUACAAGCACAUUUGGCUUCUAAUGAACUGAUUUUUAUUAACUGCUUUUGCCCAUGUAAAAUGCGGAUAUUUACAGGAAACCUGGCCACCUUUAUAAUUAUGGUAAAGGUACCAAGUAUAAUGCUAGAAGAUAAUGUGUAGGCAAUAGUGGGUAUCUCCGACAAAGUAUUUCUCAAAAGUGAUCAAAAGACUUAUUUUUAACAUUAAAGAAGUUUAAUGUAUUCGUGGAAUCAGGACUUUUAGGUUUUAAAUUUUGGCCAAUCAGGAUUCUGGGUGAUCAACACACAGACCACUCCUGAAUUAGAUUGUUUCAUCUUUUACAUUGUCGAAAUCAGUUUAUUAAAUAAUUUCUGAAUUUUAAAAACAUAACUGCUUAUGAGAGAAUUAGGCCUUUGAUAAACCAGUUGAGUGUUUAAACAGAGAACAUGAAAUACAUAAAAAUGAUAAAUGUUGGCCGUUAGCAGGUACUUUCACAGGUCUGACGUGUUUCUUGAUAAAUACAAAUGAAUAAACAACUAAAUGAGACCUAAAAAUUGGCCGUUGAUUUUAAAUAUUUAAUUUGUUCCUAUAAACCUUGUCAAUAAAACUAAUAAAUCCA